AAAAAGUUUAAGUAAAAGUCAUAUUGACACAUAUAAAAUUCACAAACUACUGCAAAAUGUGACAGUUUCUGAUGAUCUCUGGACAUCCAGUCCACAAUUUUACAAUAAAAAAAGAUUUUCAAAAAAGUAAUCUCUACAUGUCUGUUUUUGUGUAGACAAGUGGUCAAUUUGACUUUAACAGGUAUUUUAAUAAUCAUAGGCUUAAGAUCAUGCUUGAUUUUCACUGAGGAAGCUUUUGAGAUCCAUUUGUUCACAUGUGAGCCUGCCUGUUCAAAUGGACAAAUUUAACAAUAUUGGAGUAUGGGUAAUUUUUGGUAUAAGACUUUCCUAAAACUGCUUGAAAUAAUCUAGUAAAGUCCAGCAAGUAGUGUGUGUGGGCUGGGACUGCUGGACAUUGUGAUGUCACAUAGAGUGACAUCAGAUUCUUUUAGAACUUGUGUCAAAAAGAGAAGAACUUUACCCAGAAUUCCCACAUUUCUAUCUGUGGAGCUGAAAGGGAGAGACAGACUUUAAGAAACUGAAGCAAGAUUUCAUUUACUCAGCUAUAACACAAUGAACAUCAUUCAAAGUACGUAUUUAGUGAGGCAAAUAACACAAAUUUAACUCUUGUGUAAGAUUUUUUGAAGGAACUGUGACAGUAAUGUUAGAAAUAGUUUUAACAAGAUAGAAUUUCAGUUUUUCAGCUUGACAUCAAAUUGUUUUAGUUAGUUUUCAAAUCGACUAUCGAAAGUCUCCUAAAUGUGUUUUUAGCACUUUUCUGCACGUUUGGUAACUUGUUUGAGUAAACAGAAAAACAGCAACAAAAUAAUGAGUUUUACAUAUAGAAAAAUGCUCUCCUUUCUAGAAUUUAAAGCUAGUUUAUGGUUUUCUCACAUGAAAGUGUAACACUCACAGUGACAGCAGUCUAUAUAAUGAUCUGAUUAACAUCACUAGAAGAAUUUGCUCAAUUAUAGCUUUGAAUUUACAAAAACGGACAAAAGAAAGUUUACUGUACCGUCGUGUCAUAUGUUUGAAAUGCUUUUUGUCAGAUCUGUUUUUCUGUUUUUCUUCAGCUAAGUUAAGAAGAAGCCUUAGACUACUUUAUAAUGGAUACUACAACUCUGAUGGGUUACCGACCAUUUCUUACAGAGAGACCAGAGUCAGGAAGUACCUGCCUGUUUACUGCCCUGCAAUCGAAACCUUCAGAGUCACUUAUUACGCCAGCUACAACGGACACAGUUCGCUUUUCUGUACAUAAUCUAAACACUGGUUUAAAUUUCAUGCAUUGUUGUGCGCCAGUCUUAACCCCAGGAUGUAAGGAUCAGGAAAAACAUUCAAAGGAGUUGCAUGAAGAGUUGCUGAGUUUGAAGAAAAAGCUGGACUACCUUCUACCAUCAGCAGAUCUCUUGCCCAACUUUGCUCUGGAAUCUCAAGGAGCAAGGAUUUUACACCAAAGGACCUCAGACACAUAUCAGAGGGUAGAAGCAUGGCAUUGGUUUGGAUUACCAAUAUGGCGACUAGCUGUAGGCCCAAAGAUUGUUAUACAGGGAAAAUCCCACCUGCUUCCAGGACAGUGCUGGGCCUUUGCAGGUUCCCAGGGACAUUUAUCCAUCGCCCUGUCCCACAAAGUCUCCAUCAGCCAUGUCUCCAUGGGUCACAUUCCCAAAAUGGUAUCCCCGACUGGCUCCAUCUCCAGCGCUCCAAGAGAGUUUUCUGUUUAUGGAAAUAAGGAUUUGGAAGAUGAGGAGAGUCUUUUGGGAACUUUUCUCUAUGAUGAAGAUGGAGACCAUCUACAGACCUUCAAACUUCCUGAUCGUAAAGCUGGUUCCUUCCGCUUCAUGAGGUUACAAGUGAACAGCAACUGGGGCCAUCCUGAGUAUACGUGUCUCUAUGGCUUUCGAGUGCAUGGAAAACUGGCACAAUGAACAGGAGGACAAAAAGAGGUUAAAAAAGAGGGUAUUAAGUAUGGACAGAGGUAAGGAUAUGUGAAGGUGAAUCAGACUGAAAAAGCUAAAAAGUCAGAAGUCAUUUCAAUUGUUCAUGUGGAAAUUGUGCUUUUGAAAAUUUCUGUUAAUGUUUUUUGUCCAAUUUCCACAAGAAAUGUUGGCAAUUUUCAGUCUGAUUCACCUUCACUUAAAGUCCAACAUCAGGGUGCAACAAAAAGAUCACAUGAGCGUAUGGUUCAUAAUUUUUCUGGGUUCUUGUAUAUUUAGCAUGUUCUCUCUGUGUUUUCAUUGGUUUUUUCCAGGUGCUCUGGUUUGUCUCCCAAACUAAAAAUGCAUGAAAACAAAAUCAGCACAGAUAUAACAAAACAUACCAUUAGGUGGCAUAUAUAACUUGACAUAACACAGAUGAGAUAACAUAACAUGUUAUACAUAAUAUUCCAGGCCGUUGCACCCCACUUGUGGAAUCCCCUUUCAAUGUUUUUAUGCCGUGUCGAAUUCACUGAUUAUUUCAAAAUGCAGCUAAAAACAUAUUUGUACAGAUAUAUAUUCCUACAUCAGGGCUCCAUUAAUAAAAACAUAAAAAUUACACACAUUUAAAAACACUCUUGAAGUUGAAUGUUCUCUCUGAGUUUUCAAAGGUUUUCUCCAGGUGCUCUGGUUUCCUUCCAAAACAAACUUGAUUUAAGGUAAUUAGACAAAAAUAAUCACCUAACACUGAAUAAAUUAGGAUAAAACCUUAAAUAAAAUCAACAAUAAGAUAAGUUAACAUAACAUAAGAAAACUAAGUUGUCACAAUAGGAAUAGUUGAAUAGUUUGUCCAAGAUGUAGCAUCAUUAGAAACACAUAAAAAUACACACAUUCAAAAACACUGAAGGCUCCACGUUCUCUCUGUGUUUGCUUCCCUCCCCACAGUAAAUGUCCAUUAAGUUCAUUAGAAAAACAAUAAAAUAAAUAUCUGUCACUAAGAGAAGUUUUGAUCGGAUAGACAACAUAAAAAAAGGUAAGGAUAGAUAGAUAACAUUACAUAAUGUAACACAAGAAAAGAUAAGGAAAUAUAAGAUAAAAUAACAUACUAUACAUGUGAUAAAAUAAAUAAAUAAAAUAUACACAUUUAAAAACACUCUUUCAAACACCUUCACAGCAACAGCUAAAACUUAGGAUAAUAUAUGUUAACACUAAUCUGUAGAUCUAAACCAGUUAGAAGUAACAUAGACACAUAAAUGAUCAAAAUUAAAAACCUUCCGUCUUUGAGUGAUACGGGAACACAGCUCUAUGUCUUUGUAACUAAUGGAUAAACUAGGAAAAUUCUUCUCUAACAUUUUUCAUAAAGUUUAUACUUUUAGGACUGACUCCAAAGAGCUGCUCCUUCAGGUUGCUGCUAGAGGCUUUGACUGCUUGAGGACCAGAUACACUGAGCAUUAUUCAUUCACAUCUCAAUUGAUUAUAAUGUGUGCUAAUAUUGUUAUCUAAUUUGUGUUUCUUCUUUCAGAGAUUCGGAACCAGCUGUGUUUAUGUGUUUCUGUUCUGUCCUGUCCUGUUUGAAGCCAGCCAGCAGAGGCAGAUGGCUGCUCAUCCUGAGCCUGGUUCUGCUGGAGUUUCUUCCUUUUCAAAGGACGUUUUUCUCUCCACUGUUGCCUUGUGCUUGCUCAGGAUGGGGGAUCAAAUCAGAUUAAAUAUUUGAUGAGAUCCGCUGGUGA